AUGUCCAGUCGUGCUUUUAAAAGAGCUGUAAAUAAAGAAGAUUCACUUUCUUUAAAACAUUUAAAUGAUGAUUCUGAAGAAAUUAUCGAUGAUUCAGAUCAAGAACGUCCAAAAAAAAAUUUAUUUGAUUUACUAAAUGAAGAAAAUGAAGAGAACGAAGACGUUGAUCAAAAUUCUGAAAAUGAAAUUAUAAAUGAAAAGCUCAAAAAAUUCAUCCUCAUCAGUGAGCGUACUAAAUCAGGAAAGAAAGUUGAAGAAAUGAAUGACUCAGAAUUGGAAACUUUAAUUCGAGAAGUUUCAGAAAAAUUUGGUGAUUCAUCACUGCAAUUAAAAGAUGAAUCUGUCGUUAAUAAUAGUUCUUCAUCUUCUGCUCCAUCAAAUAUUUCAUUUCUGGUUGUUGACACUCGUUUAUUAGACGAUGAUGGAGAAAUGAGAAGAAUGUUUUCUUCUGGAGUUGUGAAUUUACAGGUUGAUAGAGAGAUUCGCAGUCGAAAUUAUGCACGAACUGUUAAAAAGACCGCACUGGCAAAACCAAGACAAAAUUGGCCUCCUAUUACAAAGAGUGGUCUUGGAAUGGAAUUAUUAGAGGAGAAAGAUGGAAUUCUUUAUUUCACUUUCACUCAUUCUCUACAAUAUCAAUCUAUCCAGGUGUCUUUUAUACAACGUGUAGCUACUCAUGACCCAAAUACGAUCUAUGCUCUUCUACGAGAUAAUCCAUAUCAUAUAGAUUCAUUAUUACAAAUGAGUGACAUUUACAAAAUGUCUAGCGAUCUAGUGAUGGCACAGGAAUUUCUGGAACGUGCAUUGUACGCAUUUGAAAGAAAUUUUCAUAUAAAAUUUAAUAUAACGAGAGGAACUUCUCGAAUGAGUUAUAAACGUUAUGAAAAUAG